CAUCAAAAAUUACUUACUUAUCUUUUAGCCAGUUGAAAAUUAAAUAAAUACACUAGACAAAACUGUCUUUUCUUUUUUAGAAAAAACAUUACAUAUAAACAAAUUUGACUCAUUUCUUCAAACAAUUGUUUGUACAAAAAGGAUAUAGCUUUGUUGGAUCAGUCUUGGUAUAGUGUUUAUCUUCAAAUUAUUAGUAUAAAGAUCUUUGCAGUUGUGUUUUCUGUGAAAAAGUUGAAGAGAAAUGGCAAUGGGAAAGAAGAUAUGUGAAAAUGUUGGAUUUGGGCUUGUGAGAAGUACAUCAUUUGGGAGGAAAAGAGUUUGUUUGCCUAAUAUUAGGGAUCUUGAUUUCAUUUCAACAACACCUACAAAGAAAAUAUGCAGAAAUAAUUCAUUUUCCACUUGUGUGAAGUCCCCUCUUGAAGCUCUGCCUCAAGAUAUCCUGAUAAGGAUAGUGUGUGGAGUUGAACAUGAGGAUCUAAAGAGGUUGUUUCAUGUAUCAAAACCAAUUAGAGAAGCGACUUUGGUUGCAAAAAGAUGGCAUUUUGAAUAUAGUACACCAAAAAAGACACUUGGUUUUAAGAAUGCUACUGAUAUGGAUGAUUGGAAUGAGUCUAAUGAUGUUGAAGUGCCUAAUGCUCCUAGGCAAUCGAAGUUUCCGAGGACUCGUUUAAGCCAGAAGAAACUAGCUGACAUAUCCGUAGCGUUGUUUACAUCAGAUAGUGAAGAAAAUUGGCCGCGGAGAGAGUUAUUUAUGCAAAUGGACACCGAGCUAUAGAUCUCAUAUCAGAUUCUUUAUUGGUACUACAACAUCAACAACUAUGCUUCAAUCUCAAGCGAGUUGGGGUCGGUGCCAUAUGGAUCCUCAUUGUUCGGUUGCUCCCAUUUAAGCCCGUCCCAGUCUGGAUUCUGUAUAGGUUUUGUUGUAGAAAUUACAGGUCUUAUCAGAUGUCAGUUGCUUUGUGUAGAUGUCACAACAGUCUUUACAAGCCACAUUGUUCUUCAACACUUUCAUUGAAGAUGGGGUGGCCUGUUUGUAUUUGUUUUGUACUUGUAGAGGUUAUUUAGGGAUUUUGUUUCUGAUCUCAUAAGAACUUCAGUUGUAUAUAGGAGUCUAGUCUCUUGUAUUACCAUUUUGUUUAGUUAAAUGAAUAAAUAUGUAUUCAACUUUAGCUCAAA